UAUGAAUCUGGGGCUUGACAGACAUAGUGCUCAAUUUUUCAGGGAAUCAGCCCUCUUAAUGCUCUCUCCAGAUUUCCAGCUGGGCUCUGUUGUGACCACGGGUGCUCAGCACUUCUGCAAAUUGGAAAACGGAGAUGGCAGGAGCCACCUGGGAGCUUCUGCUGUAUGUGACAUAUGUUUUAUCCAUACUGUAGCAGGCACAGAAACAGGAUCUAGUUCUUCAAUGUGGCAUUUACCUACCUUAAAUAUAAAUCAAGUCCCUGCUGUUUCCAGCUCACCACACCACGAACUUUCAGAGCUCCACAAUAAAUGGGGCAUGUACCAUACUUAGGAGAUGGAACUUUUCAAUGUGAUUUUAAAGAAAAGGGAUUAUCUGAAUUAAAGAUACAGAGGAGACGUGAGUUCUUGUUUUCCAUAUGCUUUUAAAAUGUAGUCAUAGUUGUUUAGUUCUUUGUUAGUGUUUUUACCAAGCUUGAUAACUUGCAGUGGGCUUUCCAGCUGUGGCCAGGAAACAGGGAAUCAGCUGGAAUUUCCUUUACCUCUCUGGUAGCCCACAGAGAAGACCCUUAUUGAGGUCUGACCUGCGUCUGUAGGGUAUUUGUAGCCCAUGCCAAAGUCUCAAUUCAGCCAUCACAAUGCAUUCAAUAGAAGAAAUCGAUCUAUAGGAUGUUCAAAAACUUUUUGAACUGUAGAAGCAAAUCAUGUACUAAGUAGAAAAUGAUGUUAAUAGCGCUUCCAUCAGCCUUUUAUCAAAAACAGACCCAAGGAAGGGGGAAGAAUGUCAGUGUCCAUGUGGACUGACGCAGGAUUUGAGCCCCUCUCUCUUUGGACAUCAAAAUCAGGACAACUGGAAAACUUGAAUCCUAAUUUAAACUUGAAUCCUAAUUUAACCGUACUUCUAGAUGUGUGAUACUUCACCAGUCUGCUAUAUUGGCCAUGCUGCAUUUUUUGGGCCCAGUAUUUGGGUUCAGCUCCUGUUUCUCUCAUUCCUUUUGAGAUACUUUAAUUAAGUGCUGGGUGCUUUCCUUAGGGAAUGGCUGCAGUGUCCUUGCUUGGUGUCAGGGUACGUGAUUGCUGUGCCACCAGAGGGACCGUGGGUAUUUCAUUAGCGUGGUUCCUUCAGAAGCUGUAGAAUCAAGGUCCCUAUGUUAUAUGUAUUUCACUGUUCUUCACCAGAGCUUCAAUCCCUUCCUCCUUCUCUUGUGUUUCAACUGCUUUUUAGCUGAGAGCAGGAGAGCCCAGCAGGAAGCAGCUGUCAAACAAUGUCCCACCUGAAAUCUGUGAUAAAAGACGCUUCUGUCGAAGACUUUGGAGAUGGAGCAUUUGGGGCUUGAUGUGUUUGUGAUGAUCCCAUGGGAGCUGUGGCCAAGUAGUGGCGAUAAAUCCUAAACUGAAGCAGCGCUGGGAUUUGUUGUAGGAAGAAGUUGCGUCUGAAGUGAAGAAGGACGGCCCCAUCUGAAGUUAUCACCGACUUCCCUGAUGCGUGGAAAAAACACAGAGCUGCUCAGCACGUCGCACCAGAAUGGGGAUGUCUCAAACCGAUACCACACUGCGAUACUAGGGAGUUACCAACAUAAACAGACACACAAACCCAAUGAGCAUCAAGUACUAUGUGGUCAUUUUGAGCGACAGCUUGUGGUUGGGAAAACAGAGGCCAUCGUCAAAAACUUCAGCCCGCACUACAGGCGCCAAUACGCGGUGGCUUUCUGCAAGCACGUGCAGGAUGAGCUGGAGCAGCACCGCGAUUCCCAGUCCCGCUUCCUGAAAACCAAGCCGCCGGCGGAAGCUGGGACGGUCUUGUACGAGGCAGAGGUGCUGCAUUUUGCUGAGGAGCUGAAGAAGUGGAAGGACAGAUAUGUCGUUAUCAAAAACGACUACACUGUGGAUUGCUUUGAGACCAAAGAGGCCUACCAGAAAGGAGCCAGCCCAAAAUGUCAUGUUCUUCCUGCAGGAGGCAAAGUCCUGACUUCAGAAGAAGAUUACAAUUUGCUAUCUGAUAAACAUUUUCCAGAUCCUGUUGGGUCGAGUGAGAAGGAGGCCGCUCAAGCCUUCGUUCAGCUGCCGAGGGAGUUCCCGGUUUACCUGUGGCAGCCCUUUGUCCGACACAGCUACUAUUGCUUCCCGGAGCCAGGAGCUCAGAGGCGGUUCAGCGCCGUGCUGGGGGACUGCGUGAGACAUGCGAACCACGAUUUUCUCAAGCAGACCACGUAUGAAGUCGAGGCGUUCUUAGAAGCCAUUCAGUUCUUCCGGCAGGAGAAAGGCCACUAUGGGACAUGGGAAAUGAUCACUGGCAAUGAAAAAGAGAUCUUGAGCAACCUUGUGAUGGAGGAACUCCUGCCUAACCUUCAGACAAUGAUCCUGCCCAAAAUGAAAGGGAAGAGGAAUGAUAGGAAGCGGGCCUGGUUUGGCAUCGUAGAAGAAACUUAUGGCCUAGUCCAGCAGGAGGUGUCGGAAGGAUUAAGUACCUUGAAAGAAGAAUGCAGAGAUUUUGCAAAAACUCUUGAAGGCACCAUUCGCUCAGACAUGGAUCAGAUUCUGAACUGCAAGAACUUCUUAGCUGGAAAAAUCAAAGGCACCGUUUCUGAGCCUGCCCAGAAGUGCUGCACAGAAAACAUCCAGCCAUUUCUCGCAUCCAUAUUGGAGGAGCUCAUGGGGCCGGUGAGUUCUGGAUUCGCUGAAGUCCGCUCGCUUUUUGAUAAAGAAGUUAACGCAAUCAUCCAGGACUUCCAGAAGACAAAUGAUAUCACGAGGCUCAAGGAGAGUGUGGAUCAGCUUCUGAACCUGCCGUUCGACUCUGUGAAAAUGGAGCCCUGCUAUCUGAAAGUGAACCUCCUCCACGAGCUCCUUCAAGACCUCAAGAGCCGCUUCAAGGUCUAUCACAUUGAUUUUGUGAUUCAGAGGACGCAGAACUUCAUGCAAGAGCUGAUGGCCAAUGCGGUUUAUACUUUCGAGCAGUUGUUCUCUCCAAGUCGCCAGGCAGACUCAGCCAAAGUUGCAACGACCAUUGAAAAAGUCAAGCUGAGAGUACUAAAGCAAUACGAUUAUGACAGCAGCACUAUCCGGAAGAAGAUAUUUCAAGAAGCGCUGGUGCAAAUUACUUUGCCCACAAUGCAGAAGACGCUGGCUUCAACGUGCAAACCAGAGCUGCAGAAAUACGAGCAGUAUAUAUUUGCUGACUACACUAGCGUGAUCCAAGUAGAGAAUGUGUAUGAAGAGAUUUUAUAUCAGACGCUGCUGGAGGAAACCCUGAAAGUGAUAAAAGAAGCUGCCAUCAUGAAGAAGCACAACCUCUUUGAAGACAACUUGAAUUUGCCCUGUGAAAGCGUGUCCAGCUUAACAGACCUGAAGACACCUUCGGGAUCGGCACAAACCACUCCCGCCAAGAAACCGUCCGCCGCCCGAGCCGAGGUGUCGGACACCGACACCCAGAGUGACGAAACGCUCGUCGUGACAGGAAAGAUUUCUUGGGAGAAGGAUGCUGAUGAUAGGAAGCCAUCAGACAAAGAGGCGGUCGGUUCUGUUGGCGCAGCCGGUGAUCAGGUGAGCGAAAGGGAAGAAGCGGUUGUUACAGACGCUGGCGGAAAACAGGAGUCCCGCUCAGCUGCCCUUCCAAAACAAGACAAAAAAAGCACGUUGGAGAGCGCGGACACGGGGAAAUCAGAGGGUGUAGUGAGCGCUGAGAAAGAACUCGAGACACAAGAAGUUGUGGAGGGAAAAGUAGCUUUUGGGCCUGAAGCUGCAGUGCAAGAUUUUGGAGCCGGCUCUAAACAAGAACUUCAGGUACAUGAAGAAGUGGAAGAGAAGGUCACUUCUGAGAGCCGAACGGCAACGGAUGCUGCGUUUUUCCGUGGCACUGAAAAAGAAAGCAAAGCACAGGAAGAAGGUUCUGAGAUAGAGCCGGCUUCCCCACAUAAUAAUGCAGCAGAAGCAGGGAUUGUAGGGAAUGCUGAGAAGAAAGUCAAGGUAGAAGAAGAAAUGACGGAAAGAUUAUCUCAGAGUGAAAAUGCGGUAGGAAGAGAGUUUGAGGAGGAUAGUAAAAAAGAAAGCAACGACCAAGAAGCGAGUACUGAGACAAGGGUUAUUUCCCAGGAUGAAAACACAGGGAAAGGAGGGCUUGAGGCUAAUCCUGAAAAAGAAAGCAAGUCAGAAGAAGAGAGUUGUAAAUCCCCUGAUGAUGUGAAUGAGAUAAGGAGUUUGCUGACAGUAACAGUUGAGAUACCAGCGGAUACUCCAGCUGAGAACAUAAAGGAGAUUUGUGAAGGUGAGAUAUCGAAGUUGCAGGAGCACUAUAAAGGGGACGAUGAGACGAGCGAAAUGGCUGUGGCAGGAAUUCAGGUGAGCCAGACGAUGGUGAAUACAGGUGCAGCGGAAUGCUUGGAGUUCAAGGAGGACCAACCAUCUCCGUCUUGUUUGGGAACGGAUGGUAUGGAUUUAGUGAAUGAGUCCGAGGGGGCCUGCGAUGCAGCACAAGCUCAGGUGGAAAACUCAGAUACAGCAGGGGUGGAAGUCAAGCAGAGCGUUUGCUACACAGGUAUGGAAAGCUGCAAAAACGAUCGAUCGCAGCCAGAGGAACACACCGAAAACGGGUCUGCAGGCGAAAGAUUAGACGGGGAGGAAAGAGGAGUGGGCGGUAGCCACGCCGUGCUGGCGGAGGUGGGGACUGAGAGCUUUCUGCGUGAUCCCGCUGAAAAUGGAGACGCGAUGCAAGUGCCCGUUUUGGAUACAGAAAACCCAAGAACGGGACUGCGGGACGUGCCGGUUUCUCGGGUGCCGGAGCGGGGCGAGGUGGGCGCCGCAGAGGUCCCGGGAGAUCCGCAGGCUGGGGAGGGUGCAGAGCAGCCGGAAGGUGAAUCGUCUUCGCACACGGAAAUAAAAAGCACAGAUGUAAAAGCUGUUCUCACGGAAGAAAACAGAGAAGAUAGUUACGCACAGCAAAAGUCCGAAGAGUAAGAAGCGCUUUUCAGCCCAGCCCUGCUCCAGUAACCCCUGUUUAAUUGUGAAUCCUUAUUGGGUUAUAGUAAACGGGCUUUGUUGGGGUGUUACCAGCUCUUGCAGUCUUAGCACCGAUCCCUUCCCGACCGAGAGGUGACAGGUUUGGUUUUGGUUAAAGCCCUCACUGUUUGAAACCAAGUUACUGCUGGGGAACCUCAUCUUUUCACUUAACAUUUGCUACCUUUUGUGGUUAUAGAAAAAGUCUGCAAGCGUGACCACUGAAUGCUUCAAAAGCAACUUGCUGCCAACUAGAAAGUUAUUUUAACAACUGUUCUUGGGUGUUUUAGCAGGGGAGUAGCUCGUGAGUGUGAAAUGCAUGGGUUUGACAAGUAGUGCUGUGAUUCUUAGGCGGCUGGUACAUACAUCGCUAUUUGAGGAUGCUUUUAGUAUUUGCAUGCGGUAUACAGGAAAUAAAUAAACCUUGCCGUAGAACCAAAUAGUUAAUUUAGUAGGUUGCUCGAAAGCCACGCUCUAUGCGAACUCUGCAAACUCAUCACUUAAUUAUUUUGAAAUUUUGACAGAUACUAAAGACAAGCAAGUCUUCUGAUUUUCUUUUUUUUUUUCUCUUAUAUUUAAGAUGGGGAAAAUAUGGGAGCAGGUUUCUCAGUCCCACUCUGCACUUCGGGGUUAUUUAGCCUUCCAGAGCACUUUAUGGCUGUUUUAUUUUGUUUUAGUUUGUGGAAGGGAAAGGUGAGAAUGUUUACAAUAACUAUCACCAUUAGGCAGCAUCUUUCUGUUUGACUUCCCACCAUAAAGUAUAUUCACUUACAGCUACCUAAUACAGACUAUUAAGAGUCCUGCCAUUCCCUUUCUGACUGACUGGAGUUACAGUCGCCUAGUUCUGUAAGCCUUUUCAGGUGCAUAAACCGUAUCUUUAAUUGCAAUCAUUGUGAAAUACCGUAAUUAUUGCACAGAAUUUCUAGUACAGAUGUAUUAGAAAUCGCCAAUUCACGCGUUCUUAGAUUUCGGAGGGCAGAACCACGUUUAAAAAGCAGCUGUUGAAAUGAGACCUGUUGCGUUCGUAGCCAGCGUGUGAUCAUCCAUAUCAAACCACGGUCUGUGCACAAACUUGCUUAUAUGCGUUAUUUGCGUGCGCAAUUCACAGAAAAGCUUGGAAAUUAAAAAUAGCAUUAGCCUGAUCACUUAGGCUUUAGAGAUCGAGACCUCGCUUUAGAGUUCAGUUUAAGGCACCUUAAAAAUGCAGCCUGGUGUUUCAAACUAUUCCCGAAUAAAUGUAAUACAGUACAGGAAAGAUUAAUGAUAACUACAAUAAGGGCUGCGGGAUUGACACCCAUAAAAACAUGGGAAGAAACAACAAAGUCCUGAGAGCAUAACGCUUGUUGGCCUUUAACUCCCACAAUCUGUGCAAGGUCUAUUUAAUGCUAUCGAAAUACGCUAUAAACCUAUAAACUGACACUAGAGGAAAAGGCAAAUAAAUAAGGAAUGUUGUGGAGUAGCUGGACCAGCGUCACUAAGGUAAAAUAACUCCUGUUUAUUCCAGAAGCCAUAUAGAAACAUUAAGGUCACAGAUGUUUUCCUUGCAAAAGUACUUUGACUGGUUUCCUCCUCACAUUUCAUACAAAAAUCCUGACCUGUAAACACAUGAACCACCGUCAGCCGAUUUUCUUUACAAAUCAUCAGUAAUUUCUAAUUGGUCCCGAAUGUUAAGUGACUUUAAAUGUAUAACGCGUGCUCCACGGUUCGGCAGCAGCCGUCUCUCGUGGCCACGCUCAAUUCGGGGGACAUCGUGUGGCUUUAAUAGGGUGUUUUGUAUUGAGAAGGGCCAGCAAGACAGCGAUGGUCACUGUCUGUGACAAAGGCUGCAGUCGCCUACAAAAGCUGUUUACAACCAAUACGAAUCACAUACAUCCGUACAGAACGUAUUUAGCGUAAACAUUCCCAUCGUAGUAAUUGUUAUUUCUUUGUCUGGCUUAGAUCGGGAUAAUAUUUUCCUGUAAUGUUAACUGUUGAAUGCAGACACUCGGCGUAUUUGUUUUUCAUAAGCAGGGUGGGAAAGAAGGGGGAAAAUUUAGCCCGUACAUCACUUUAUUCUACAAUUUAAAUUCCUCGCGGCAAGGGGUUGGAUUUCUUCGCCUUUGUGGAUGUUUUCUGUACAUCCCGAUGUUUGCAAACCGGCGUUUUUCUUGUGUUUAGCCAGACUUGGGUAGAGGCGAUGGCAAUCUAGAAGGGUUAUGUUGGACCACUGAUUGAAAACUAAUAAUAAUAAUAAUAAUAAUAAUCCACACAUUUAGCAAUUUUUUGUGCCUUUCUUGGAAUUCCCUGCACUUCCCUGGAAUGAAUUAUUUCUCUUGUAAACUAGGAUCAAUAAUAAAUCGCCUUUCACCGCUGGGAGGGUUGAGGGUUCAGGGGCCGGGGGACAUUCCGCUGUUUUAUUUCAGUUUUAUUAAAAGAGAGGAUAUGAAACACGUUGUAUCUCGCUUAUCACUUUGUAGAAACGCUUGUUGAUGCAAAUAAAAGCAGCUCUUCCCUUCCA